AUGAACUGGACAGGAGGUCGCUUGCAACGCCAUUCAAGAAACAUCCAUGGCACUUUGGCCAGAAACCAGAAACAGAAAUUUGCUAAGUCAAGGCUCCAGAGCACAAGGAAGGCCCAGAAUGCUUCAUUCGUCGGUGAUUUUGCCAUAUUUGGGUCUCUGAACCAGUCGCAACAGAAGGAGGAUGGGGAAGUCAGGCAUGAAUUAGCGAAAUCUCCUGCUACUCUAUCGCGCUCACAACCGGCUCGAGAUCCGCCCAACCUACCAGAUCAGACGAACACCUCGCAGCUGCCAGAUCGGUUGGAGCAAAUCAAGCGUCGGCUUUUGGAAAAGGCCGACUGGGCAGCUGUUGGAGCAGCACGACCGCUCAAGAUCUCAUUCACACCGGUAGAGGAGGUUGAGCAAUUUGGCAAACGACGCAAGUUGACAGAAUCUGACCGUGCCAGAUUAACCUCUCCCAAUCGGAGGAUUCUGCGGCCUGAGCCUGGAAGAUCUUGUAAAAAGCCUCACCAGAAUGUCUCUUCGGAUAUACCGGGAAUUGAAGGUCUUGAGAUCAGGAUCAACGGGCAGCGGUGUCAUGCUGGCGGGUUGGCUACGACCUGUAAGCGCUACCAGGAUGCUUCGUCCCAGCCGAUGCUUCUAGACAGAGAUGAAUACGUCUUUCCUGACCAAGCAAUUCCAUCAGUGCCCUUAUAUGCACUCCCAGUCAUCAUGAGCUUGACGGCGCUGCAGCAGACACGCAGUCAUUGUCUGGAUGGCUCCCGAAGCCAAGGUGCCGUAUUCAACGACCGUUGA